AUAGCAGUAGCAGCUACAGUCGUCUCCGUCUGUCGCGCGAUGCUAAGCAUCCGCUCCUUGGCUGCAACUUGCCACGUCGAUCCAGCAUGGUUGCUCAAUCAUGCUGAACUCAGUCGCGUCCAAUGGAGAAGAGGGAAUAGUGAAGGAGAAAUUGUCGUUGAAGUCAACGAGAUGGAUGUGGUUCUCCCUUAUGGAUUGCUACCAUUAACUGCUGUACAAUCAGAGUAUCCAGCAAGAUUAAGGGCGAUUCCAGAUAUAUCGCCUCAACAAUAAUAGUUCAACUAAUGCACACAUAUCAA